UUAUUCAAAAAUGAAUUUUUUUUUUCUCUUAAUUUGAACUUACCUCGGUGUUGAUCUUAAUUUGGCCGCCCUAGUGAUACGCCAGAGACCUAUCCCAAAAUCUCUCCAAGGCAUUUAUUGGUAAUAAACCCAACCCCCAAUCAAGUCCACUCUACGCUGCCCCCCAAAUAUAACUUUAAAAAAUAUACCCUGACCUUGACCUUUUCUUCGCCUGUCUUCUUCAAGCUAUAAGCUCAACGUUUCACACACGCUUCUCUCUCUCUAGUUUCUCUCUCUACAAUCCAGACACCUAAUCAAUGUUUCUUCGUUAAAUCCUCCUUAGAUGUUGAUGUAUAUAAGUAUCGUUCAUUGAUUGCUUCAUCUACUCAAUACUCUGCUACUGUAUUUACUAUUCUUCUUCUUCGCAUCUGAUUGAAGAAGAAAACAGAGCAAAAAAAUCAACGAUCAUGGCUUUCUUUACUGCUUUCAUUGCACUGUUUCUUCUCGCUUCACCGGCUACAUUCUCCUAUGGAGAAAUGCAGCCGAAAAUGGGGGUUUGCUACGGCGAGCUCGGCAACAACCUCCCGUCGCCGGAGAAAUCAAUCCAGCUCAUCCAAAAACUCAACGCCAAACGAAUCAAAAUCUACGGCGCGAAUCCGAAAAUCCUCAAAUCGAUCCAAGGCACCGACCUCCAAAUCUCAAUCAUGGUUCCGAACCAGCUCAUCUCCGCCAUUUACAACAACCAAACCCUCGCCGACGAUUGGGUCAAAACAAACGUCGUACCGUUCUACCCCCAAUCGAAGAUCCGUUACCUCCUCGUCGGCAACGAGAUCCUCAGCAGCCAGCCGAAUUCGACCUGGUUCCAGCUGGUUCCGGCGAUCCGCAGAAUCAGAAACGCCGUCAAGAAGUACGGUCUCAAAAAAGUCAAGGUGGGGACGCCGUUAGCGAUGGACGUUCUGGAAUCUUCUUACCCGCCGUCUAACGGAACUUUCCGGUCCGACGUUAGUGAAACGGUCGUUGAACCGCUGCUCCAUUUUUUGAACCGGACUAAAUCCUUCUUCUUCGUCGAUGUCUACACUUACUUCGCUUGGGCCUCUUUGCCUCUGCAGAUUAGCCUCGACUACGCUCUGCUCCAGCCCACGAAUAUAACCUAUACGGAUCCAGGUACGGGUCUGCUGUACACAAAUCUGUUGGAUCAAAUGCUGGACGCUCAUGUUUUCGCCAUGGCGAGACUUGGGUACCCGUAUAUCCGGUUGUUCGUUGCGGAAACGGGUUGGCCAAGCGGCGGAGAUCCGAACCAGAUCGGAGCCAACAUCCACAACGCCGCCACAUACAACCGCAACGUCGUGAAAAAAUUCAUGGCGAAGCCGCCGUACGGAACUCCGGCCAGACCAUACACCGUCAUCCCGAGCAUGAUUUUCGCGCUGUAUAACGAGAACCAGAAACCGGGUCAGGGUACGGAGCGGAACUUCGGGUUGUUGUACCCGAACGGGUCGAAUGUUUACCCGAUUGAUUUGUCGGGUAAGACCCGUGAUUCGAGGUAUCCGCCAUUGCCGAAUCCUAACAGGAAGCUGUGGUGCGUGGCGGUGAAGGGUGCGAAUUUGAGGGCGAUGGGUGGGGCGAUGUCGUAUGCUUGCAGUCAGGGUAAUCGGACCUGCGACCCGAUCCAACCCGGAGGAAAGUGUUUCAACCCGAAUUCGUUGGCUGUACAUGCGAGUUACGCUUUUAGUUCAUAUUGGGCCCAGUUGUGGAAGGAGGGUGCGACUUGUUUCUUCGACGGGUUGGCCUUUAUGACCUCAAAAGAUCCGAGUUUUGGAUCUUGCAAAUUUCCAAGUAUUGACAUUUAAAAGCAUGUAGGUUUAUUUCAUUAUUAAUUUCUUGGACCUUCAUUUAGGGUUGAUGUUUUUGUACACUAUUUGAAAGGCCUAUUUUUGUGCUGGGCCGGGCUUGAUAGCCCAUUUUUUCGAAAUCUUUUAUGUUUUACGAAAAAUAAUAUUUAAUCAUUUGAUUUGUUGUAGCAAAUUAUGAAUG